UCACCCGGUGAAAACAGCAGGGGCGGAACGGCUUGGUUGAGUCUCGAUGUCCACUGCAUCGUCUAAAGGGAUAAGCACAAGUUUGAGUGAAAUGGUCGAUACAUCCGCGUUAUCUGUUUGCUGCAACCGCUGCUCAGACAGGAAAGUGGACAGAUAAAGGAUGAGGGAAAUAAGUUGUGUGCUCAGUAACUCCAGUUGGCGGGUUAGCAUUGCGUGCUAGGGCAUCAGAGUAGAAUAUCUAAAGCAGGCUAAUUAGCCAGGAAGCUAGUCAGCCUUCUCAAAGAUGGCCAACUGAGCGUUAUUGUGCUUUAACAGUGAGAUAGUGAUCGCAGAAUAAAAUACUAGGUCUUGUUAGUUCUGGAAAGUUCUGUGUGCUUUUAUGCCGGAGAGGUUUUAUGAAGCGUCUUUCAUUCCCUCCAAACGUCUGCAGGAUUUGAGUUUGUACUUGCUGGAGUCUGACGAAUGUGCACCAAGCUAAGCUAACAAGCCAGAUCCAGCAAACCCCGUUUAGAAGCUGGCGAAAUCGCGUGUUCAGUCAGGUUAAGGCUAAAACCUUCUAUUAAAAAAAGUUUCGAGAUGGACGCAGGGUUUAGGUUUCGGGUUGCUGAUCUCGGGUCGGUCUGGUCUUGCAUGUAGCUAGCAGCUGCUUUCUUUUGUAGACGUCCGUAAGCGUGCAGAUAUCGUUAGCCUUUAACAGCUAACCGCCAAAAAAACUGCGAGAUGCGCAAAUAAAAACAAAACAAAAAGCAAAGUGUUCUACUAGCGUUGGCUGCUUAAAGACGUUCAAUGAUGUAGGUUUCUAGCAGAGAAGCUUUCCUCGGUACUGGACACAUUGGGACAUUAGGACGCACCAUGAACAAUCAAGCGAUGAUGGCGCAGGAGAAGAUGGAGCUGGACUUGGACAUGCCGUCGGCUCUGCUUCAGGGAGACGGUCACUUGAGACGAUCCAACAGCGAGCCUAUGAUAAACGGCUUAAGUGACACCUCUCAGGUUUUCCAGAGAGAGAUUCUACGCAGCAGACGAAACAGCACAACUCUCGUUAAUCGACCUAACAUGGUUCCAUCUUCCCCGGUUCGCAUCCCUAGCACCAGGCUUGAACGUAUCAAACAGGAGGAAGGAGUCGAUGUGAUGAACAGGGAAACAGCUCAUGAACGGGAGGUGCAGGCAGCCAUGCAAAUGAGCCAGUCAUGGGAGGAAAGUCUUAGUCUGAGUGACAAUGAUUUUGAGAAGUCCUCAUCAUCGUCCCCGAAGCGUAUUGAUUUUGUGCCUGUGUCUCCGGCUCCAUCUCCCACCAGAGGAAUUGGGAAGAAGCAGUGCUUCUCCCCAUCUCUGCAAAUCUUGGUGAGCAGUAAUGGCCUAACUCCCAGCCCCAUCCCCAGUCCAACACGUCGCUUCAGCAGCAGGAGGAGUCAGAGCCCCAUUAACUGCAUUCGACCCAGCAUUUUGGGGCCUAUCAAACGGAAAGUUUCAGGUGAGUUGGAAGCAGAAAGUCAGCCAAAGAGACUCUUCCAGGGGACCACCACCAUGUUGUCCACGGAGACGACCCAUCUGUCUGAAAUCAGCUCAUGUUUAUCAUCUGACCUGCUUGAUGGAAGCCUCAGCAGUGUUGGCUCCUCUUCAGGUUCUCCAGCUAAGAUGGAAGGGGUUUCACCCUCCUCCAGCAACUCUCCCUUCGCCCCACUCCAGGACCUUUCACCUAAGUGAUCAGCGUAUAUAUUACACAAAAGGCCACAUGAAUGACUCUCUGGAGUUUCUUGUGCAUUUGUUCCAUGCCUUCUCAGCUCUGCUUUUAUUUUUGAUUUUUCUGGUGAUUUAUUUGCUUUUUUUUAACAAGACAGUUGGGGGAAGAUCUGUAAUGAGAUAUAUAUAUUAUAUGAAGCCGAAGCCCUCCAAGUAUUUUGGAUGGACAGGACUAUUUUGGCAUAGUGGCAGGGAUGAAGACUUCACCAAGAUGAAAUGCUGAUUGCACCAGCUGCUAUAUAAAGGUGUAAUGUUUUGGCUGAAGCCCCCUGAUAAAACAAACAGCAUUUCAAAGCCCUGUAGUUUCUUUAUGAAUUUGUGUUCUUGUAACUCUCAUAAAUUAGGGGGAAUGCUAAUAUUCAAAUAAAUCAAGCUCUUACAGAGUAAAGCAUUCCCUCUCAUAGUUGUACCAUUUAGGUCAGGUAUGGUGUGAAAGAAUUUAACUUAUUGUUUGGUCCCAGUUUUUUUCUUUUUUGUAUGUAUGUACAUAUGGUGUGAUGGCUAUUGGUCAAUUGUAUUGGGCGAUGGAGAAAAUGUGUGCAGUGCUUGAGCAGAUAACUGACAAUUGGGUCCGUCUGCACUUGAGUACAUUUUCAACAGUGUUUGUGUCUCCCUUCGGACAAGUGUAUACGGCUUAGCCUUUCAUUAUUUGUGUAGAUGGAAGGAGGAGGUGGCAACAUCAUUGAUGAGUGCUGUGUAUCACUCUUAGUGCUUCAUUAAGUUUUUUCUAAUGAAGAUGAUAAUUGCCGUCAGCUACUUAGGAAUCCAGAGCAAAUGUUGGUUGGUUGCAAUUUUAAUGGGGAUGUGUACCACUAAAUCCAGGAUUUGAACACUACAGCACAUUUGACCGACUUGAGUUGCAAUUUGUCCUACCAUCCAAGGACUUUUUUUUUUUUUUUUUUUUUCUAAAAGAGAAAUAAACUGCCUCUUCGCAGUGUGUUUUACUGCCCUUUAAAUGCAGUGGCUUCAUCCCUAUUCACGUGUCUCUGAAACAUCACUGCGUGACUGAACCAACCUUAAACCAAUGAGUUUUCUGUUUUAAUCCAGUUUUUUUUGGGGAGGGUGAACUCCUGCAAACCACUGUCAAUGGAAUUUUAGAGAUGAAUUCCUGAAGCAGGUUAGAUAAAUAGAAGUAUAGAGAACAGAGUCGUUUAAACAUGAAAUAGAAAUGAGUCAUGUCUGGACGAAGGUCAUCUACUGAUUCAUGAAAGUAGUGUGCCAUUUAUGGUCUGUAAAUAAGAAAGAUGUAAAAAUUGUACUUGUGUAAGUUGUUAUUUGAGCUUUUAUUUUAGUAAAUAGUAUUUUUUGUAAAUGGUUUUAUCAAUUUGUUUCCCUAAAAAAAGGAAGAAAUGGCUUUAUUUCCUUAAAGCAUGAUGCAUCAUUAACAGAAUGUUUUUAUUUGCAAGAAAAUGAUUGUAAAUUUUGGUUUUUCAUGGAAGUGAAAUUGACAAUGUGGUUUAUUGCCCCAUAUUGGAAA